GCUGGAGGAGCAAAUCAAAAUGGCGAGCCAAGAGGAGUCUGUUAGGGAGUUUGUCGCCGUUACCGACGUGGACGAGGAGAGGGCCCGGUUCUUCCUGGAGUCCGCCGGCUGGAAUUUACAGCUCGCGCUUGCCAGCUUCUUCGAGGAUGGAGCUGAUGACGACAUAGUGACUCUCCCUCAGCCCGAGCUGACCACGUCGGUGUCCCGGUCCGCUGGGCGAAGCACUCAGCCCAGAGUGACCUCCUUCAGAGAAAUGAUGCACGAGGCAGAGGAGGAGAGCGACGAGGAGGAAGGCCAAAGGUUCUUCGCGGGCGGCUCGGAGCGCAGCGGGCAGCAGAUCGUCGUGCCGCCCAAGAAGAAGAGCUCCAACGAGGUGGUGGAGGACCUGUUCAAGGGGGCGCGGGAACACGGGGCGGUGCCGCUGGACCGGCCCGGCAGAGGCCCGGGGGAGCCCAGCAAAGCCCGAGCCUUCAUCGGUGGAGGCUACCGGCUCGGCGCCGCCCCCGAGGAGGAAUCGGCCUACGUGGCCGGAGAGAGGCACGGCACCAAAAGCCAACAGGAUGUCCAUGUGGUGCUGAAGCUGUGGAAGACGGGCUUCAGUCUGGACAACGGUGAGCUCCGGAUCUACAGCGACCCGGGUAACGCCAACUUCCUCGAGGCGAUCAGACGGGGGGAGAUCCCCCUGGAGCUGAGGCAGCGCUCUCGGGGGGGCCAGGUGAACCUGGACAUGGAGGACCACCGAGACGAGGACUUCUCCAAACCGCGGACGGCCUUCCAGGCCUUCGGGGGCGAAGGGCAGAAGCUGGGAAGUGCCACUCCAGAGUUGACCUCUGCGGCGGCCAGCGCUCAGCAGGACCAGCAGGACAACGAGUCCCAGGCGAGUUCCUUCGUGACGCUCGACUCCUCCCAGCCCGUCACCAACAUCCAGAUCCGAUUGGCCGACGGCGGCCGGCUGGUCCAGAGGUUCAACUACACCCACAGAGUGUCCGAUGUGCGUCAGUUCGUGGUGGGGGCGCGGCCCUCGAUGGCCGCCAGGGAGUUCGUCCUCAUGACCACGUUCCCCAACAAGGAGCUGACGGACGAGAGCCAGACGCUGGAGCAGGCCAAGCUCCUCAACGCCGUCAUCGUGCAGAGGCCAAACUGAGGCCCCGCCCCUCCCCCCUGGUGGUGUGGCUGAGUAACUGCAGCCCUGUGAGACCUGCUGCCACACAGACUUAUGUUUGGACUUCUAAUUUCAGAUUUUUUUUGUGCUUUUCUUUUCUUUUUUCCCUAAAGUGAAACAUAACAUCCGCUCCCCGGUUCACUAAACAGACACUCUUCUUUAUUUUGUUCUCUUUUUAACAAGCUCUCCACUUCCCCCUCUUCUAUUAACCUUAUGUUGGGGCCUUCGGCCAUGUAGACCAGCAGAAUCACGCAGCGGCAGUCAAGCUACAAGUACACGCUGCUGAUGUGCUUUUGUGCAAGUGUCCAUCUGCCUCCACAUAUUCUAUCUGGAGGUGUAACACAUGGGGGGGGGGGUUCUCCAACCUGUAGCCUUACGCUCAUCACCACCUGGCCCUUUGUUCAAAUGAAGAUGGAAUUAUUUUUUUUACACUGCCUUUUUCUCCCCCUCCCUCCCCCCACAGUCUUUACCCACUUGGCCCCACUUAGCAUUUUGAUAUCAUGUGACAUGACGAGCGGCUUCAGUCAAACCAAUGGUUGAGCAGAAGGAACAUUUAGAUUGUAAACACUGGUUUGUAGAAGUUGGAUUCCUGACAUCUUCUAUGCAGCCGGGGGCGACGCGCACCGUGGGACCUCUGGUGAAAUAAAUCCAUUUUAUGGUUCAUGUAUAAAGAA